AUGAUUCAGUCAAUGUUCAUGCCAUUAUCCUUCCUCGUGUUGGCCAUCUCUGCCCUGGCUUGUACCAGUCACCCUGGGAACAAUAGAUGGGUGUCAGGAACGAGCAACAAAGCUACUCACAAUAUCCACUAUAAUGUUGACGCAGAUACCGGUACAGCAUUAGAGUGCCGGUGUGGGAUGGCACAGUUCCUGACACUGCCACAUGCAAACAUUACGCCUCCUUCGGAAGCUAGGCGAUGCGCCAGCUAUAAGUUGAUUGACGCUCGUGGCACGAAUGAGCCGCAAGGGGUUUCCUUGAUGUUUUAUCCCCUGAUACAAAACAUUCUUGCGAAUGUCACUGGUGGUGUCAGUCUGCCGGUAGAGUACCCAGCUGCACCAGAUCAAAACACCACCACUGGGGAGAAGUUCGUUGUUGAAACUAUUGUUCAAGGACUCCGCGACUGUCCUAACCAGAACCAACUCAGUACUUCGGCCCUUGAAUCAAUUAAAUCAGUUAUUAUUGUGGGCAACCCAUACCGUCUUCCUGGGAAGACGUCCAACGUGAAUGCUACUGCCCAGCAUGAUGAGCGAGCCUCUGUAGGCAUGUUCGCAGAAAAUGCUAUUGCCAGGAACGAAACUAUUCCUCAGCUCUCAGCGCAAAUAGACCAGAGUGGCAAAGUGCUCGAUUUUUGCCUUGAGUUUGCUCGCCCAACCGUGCCUGCUCCUGCCAAAUCCCUGCCGACCACCUUUCCUACGGGUUAG